GAAAAAUUCGAUAGUGUGAAACGGACAUAGACCGCUUACAAAGGAGCAAAAGAGAAAGUGAAAGAAGAGUGACCGAGAUACGAGGGAGAAUCUGAAGCUCGGCCCGUCGGUGAAGUGAUAAGGGGGCAGUCGUAGUCAGAGAAGGACUCGUCGGAGGGAGAUUCGGGGUUAGAAGUAGGGAUGAGAAGGAAUAAAGACAGACUGAUGAAAUGGGAAUGAGAAUGAGAAAGUGAGAGGUCGACAGUGGGGUGCACAAGAGUGACAGAGGGCAAGAGGGAAAGGCAACUCGGCACUCGAGAAUCUCGCGUGCGAGAAGAGAGAAGUGUACUGAGUGUACCUGUGCGUGCCUGCUGUGCACAGCCGUGCUGCUUGAUCAAAACGGACCAAACGUAUCAACCUCAGAACGACCGCGAUGCCCCGUGCACGUUUUUACGAAAUUCAGACAGAAUAGUGGCAUGAGUCGAUUAAUCUAUGGCAGAUCAACAAGAUCAGUCGUCGUCCGGGGGGUCUGUAGAGAAGGACAGUGCUUCAGCAGACACCUCUAAGCUAAGGGAAAAGACCUCGGGUCUAAACGACGGCGGUGGUGGAGGCAGUGGUAGCAGUGGAGGUGGUGCUGGUACUGGUUACAGAAAACGACAGAGUAGUGGUACAAUUUCUACAACAACCUACGAAGAAAAGCGUCGUAGACAAGCCGUCGGCGAGGUUCCUCAACCUUCCUCUCAGCUUCUUCACGGAACGUCGACGCAUCGGCGCUCUGUAGAUUCCUCCAGAGGCGAGGCCAGGGCACGGGGCGAGCGUAGAAAUCAUGGCACUGGCCUAGGAGCUCUGUUAGAUACAGACUGGAGACAGCAGCAAAAGUCUCAAGGGUGUAAUAUUGGUGGAAUAACUAGCAGUAACAAUCAAAUAGGUGUUGGUGGAGGGAAUAGUGGACGUAGCAGUGCUGCAGCUGGUGAACGAGGAAGAAUAAGUCUACCUGAUUUAACGUCCACACCAGUGAUAGAUUGCGUUGCAUCUAGGACUCGAUCCAGGACACCACAGAAUUCACAAGCAGCUAUAGCACUCGAAGUAUCUUUCGGUACAUCCAGAAAAUCUACUGGAAGUUCAUUGUUAGCCACUGGCCACCCUUCGACUUCCAGAGGCAAAGGUUCGAAGUCACAGAGUUUGGGGAGCUGCUCAGUUGGCAGUGCGAGUGGUCAGGUAUCGGGUGUGAAGUCCAGCAUCAGAGUGGGUAACGCAGCCAGCAACUCUGUGGAGAGCGGCGGGGCGGCGUUGGCACAUGACGGGGCAGGCACUAGCGCAGCAGCAGCAGCAGCUACAGCCACCGCCAACCCGCCCAGCGUCAACCUCUCCGCCACAGCCACAGCAGCCAUAUCCACAUCCAGUCCUGGUCCACCUAUAGGAUCCAAUAAUCCUUCGUCGCAAGGAACAUCCUCUGCGCAGCAGUCAUACCCCACGCACAAGCACCUACUGCGAUCACGUGGAAAACUUUCUGCAGAUCCAUUGUUCAAGGAUCUUUCAUCGACUAGUAAAAUUCCUGGCAAGCAUCACAAAAAAGAAUCUACAACGGGCUCCUGCUCCAGCUCCAGACAUCGCUCCUCUUCGCGGGCGAGGAAAUCCCUGGUGGAGGGUGGUUCUGGAGGCGCAGGAGUUGCGAUGUCAGGAAGUGAAUCGGCAGCCAAUAGCGCAACGCCUACCUCUGUUUCAUCAUCCGCCCCAGGUAGUCAACUUACUUCUACUACCGGCGAAGAAGAAUCUGCGUCUACCGCUACCUCUGCUACAGCUAGUGGAGGGCCAUCUGGAAUGUCGGGAACUACCGGUGACAGCGAAAGCGACGAUGGCGAAGUGGGACGUCUUCAGGCACUGUUGGAAGCUCGCGGUCUUCCGCCUCACGUUUUUGGAGCUUUGGGACCUCGAAUGCAGCAUUUACUAAAUCGUAGUAUGGGUGCCAGUUCGGCUGCGAAAGCUCAGCAAUUACUAGCUGGUCUUCAAGCUGUUGACGAUGAGGGUGAACAAUUACAAGCGGUGAUUAGUAUGGGAGAAAUCUUGGUGAUGGGCAACGAGGACACUUUGACGGGUUUCCCAGUGAAGCAGGUUGUUGCGGCCUUGAUCAAUCUUCUGGGCAUUGAGCACAAUUUCGUCAUUAUGACACACGCCUGUCGUGCGCUCACCUACAUGAUGGAAGCCUUACCAAGAUCUUCCACUGUUGUCGUCGACGCUGUGCCUGUAUUUUUGCAAAAACUUGAGUCGAUCGAAUGCAUGGACGUUGCCGAACAGUGUCUCACGGCCUUAGCCAUGCUUUCCCGAAGACACAGCAAGACAAUCCUCCACGCGGGAGGAGUUUCCGCUUGCUUGAAAUUCGUUGACUUCUUCAACAUAACUGCUCAGCGCGCUGCGCUUACAAUCACUGCUAAUUGCUGCCAGAAUCUUCAUCCAGAUGAUUUCCACUUGGUCGCUGACAGUUUGUCUCUGCUUACGGGCAGACUGGCCAAUCAAGACAAAAAGAGCGUCGAAUGUGUUUGCCAAGCAUUCAGUCGUCUCGUUGACAGCUUCCAGCAUGAUCCUGUUAUGUUGCAUAAGAUCAUCAAUGCUGAGCUACUGCAAAAUCUUCAGCAACUGCUAAUGAUUACACCUCCUGUAAACAGUAUUGGCAACUUUAUAACCGUACUACGAAUGCUUUCUGUGAUAUCAAACCGUUGCCCUGAUCUCGCGCAACUGUUACUGCAGCAAAAUAUUGCGUUUACGCUAAGCUACUUGCUAACGGGUUCGCUAGAAGUGAAAACUGAGGACGUUGAGCUGGUGCCCAGGUCGCCUCAGGAAUGGUAUGAGAUAACCUGCCUCAUAGAGGAGCUCAUGCCUCCUUUACCAGCCGAUGGAAUAUUCAGUGUAAAUAGUCUCCUUGAAAGAACAAACAAUCAGCAAGAAACCGUUCACUGGGAAUGGCGAGAUGAAAGACAUUGCUGCCAUCCUUUCAGCACUAUAGACUCAAGAAUCAUUGAGAUGGCUUUUCAAAAUGGAGAGGAUGAGAUCUGCCUAUCUACUUUGGGCAGGACUUAUACGAUAGAUUUGACUGUCAUGAAACAAAUCAAUGAGGAUAUCGGCAUGGCUCGCAGUAUCUUCCGCAGAGUCAACGCCAAUCCUACUGAAGGAAAAAGUCCGAACUGCUCAUCCAGUAUGGAUGUUGUACCACCUGUGAUGGAAACCAACGAAUGGCUUGUGUCUUUCAUUAGAACAUUAUUCUCAGUACUCUAUGAAGUAUAUAGCAGCUCGGCAGGGCCAGCUGUAAAGUGCAAGUGUCUCAGAGCUCUGUUGCGAAUGGUAUACUAUGCCUCCACAGAUCUCCUGAAGGAUGUACUGAAGAAUCAGGUGGUGUCAUCGCACAUAGCCGGUAUGUUGGCUUCACAGGAUCUAAGGAUAGUCAUCGGAGCUCUGCAAAUGGCCAGCAUUCUCAUGAAACGGCUACCGCAAGUGUUUGGGGUUCACUUUCACCGAGAAGGAGUCUUGCAUCAAGUCCGACAACUUGCUGAUCCAGAAGUACCCCUUGGUGUGUCACCACCUAAGUGCCCUUCUGGUACAUCGUUGCCUAGUCCACAACCAGGUCCGUCGAAUACGCCAUUGUCAUCAACAAUGAUAUUGUCAUCCAGUAAUGCCACAUCACCAGUUGCUUCACCAACAACCAAUGGGAACAUUCUUUUUGGGGCCAUCGCCACUAGCCAACUAAAGCCUAAUUUGGCCGCUACAAUGGAAACACGAAACCGAACCGAUCUGACCGUCAAUCCCGAGGAAACGACAGCUCAGAGUGCCUACUUAAGGAUCGGAGACGUACUGAAGCGAAAGCGACAAAAUAAGAAAGGUCGUUUCUCGAGAUUGGGUAGCAGCACCACACCGAGUCAACAGGCUCAGCAACCUGAAUCUCUGUUCACGGGUUUCACGCCGAAGAACAGUCGUUUUUUGGGCAAUUUGAAUCCAGCUCGUUGGGGCAGAAAGUCAUCCUCAUCGAGCGGUACCAGCGAUAAGAGAGACUCUAGUUCCACAACAAAUCUAGCCAAACCACCAAGUAAUCCGAGUCUCACCGGUGGAAAUCGUGACAAGGCAAAAGCUUGGGUCAGGGAACAGGCCUCGCAAUUCCUAGCUAGAUAUCAGGAUGACGCGCCAUGUACUCAUCCAGCUCUCACUGUUCUUGCUAGACUUACUGCUGCCAUACAGCGACUUCAAUCUAAUGAAUUGGAUGAAAUGCUCUCAGCUCUUACUGAACUCCGUGAUAUUGUUCUGGAAAGUGAUAUUUCACCUUUUGAAAUGAAUUAUAGCGGCCUUAUCAAGGCACUUCUCAACUACCUAACGACUACUGAUGCUCCUGGUAAUCGAUAUGAUCGGUUACGUAUGUUCUGGAAGCUAUUCGCUGAAUCGAGUCUCCAACAGGAUAAUAACGUGAUGAAUCUAAACCCAGGGGCAUUUGGUGCUCUCGUUGCAAAAUUGAACAGCUGUGUAGCACAACUUGAACAAUUCCCGGUGAAGGUUCACGAUCUGCCAGCUGGCUCAGGCGCUGGCCGUGGUGGCACGAGCGCUCUCAAAUUUUUCAACACUCAUCAACUCAAGUGCAAUCUGCAGAGACAUCCCGACUGCAACAAUCUGAAACAAUGGAAAGGUGGCACUGUUAAGAUCGAUCCAUUAGCUCUUGUUCAAGCGAUUGAACGUUAUUUGAUGGUUCGAGGAUAUGGACGAAUACGUGACACUGAAUCCAUGGUUAGCGACGAUGACAACAGCGAGGAUGAUAUUGAUGAUACAUUAGCUGCGGUUGUGAUAAGCCAGGGCUCAGCUAAGCACAAGCUACAGUUUCUUAUUGGCGACGAGGUUCUGCCAUUUAACAUGACAGUUUAUCAAGCUGUCAGGCAAUUUGGUUGCUCGGGAAUCGAUCACUCUGAAGCUGAAGCUGACAGUGAACCACCUUUAGGGCAUGAUGCUGUUUGGGUCCAGACUCACACAAUAUACUACAGGCCGGUGCCCGAAGAGGAAGCUACAACAUCGCCAAAGCCAGGUUCAAGUUCCCAAGGAAGUAGUCGUAAGGGUAAAGGUAAAAGUACGAAGAUCAGCUCAAAACGAAAGGAAGAUAGUCUCUGGCUAGAAGGAACUAUUCCACCACCUCGUUGUCCCUUGGCGCCAUAUUUAACGCCUACACUUCCGCCAUCUGUAACAAUAACUGACGCCUCUCUUGAUGGACUUUGUCUACUUCGUCUUCUUCACGCAUUGAAUCGUCAUUGGGGCGUUCUCUUUCCGCAUCUUAAGAGCGUCAGCCUUCUAAUGCCUCCAGACUUUAUUAAUAACAAAAUUGCUGCCAAAGCAAGCCGCCAACUUCAGGAUCCGCUUGUUAUCAUGACUGGGAAUCUGCCUUCUUGGCUUCAGCAGAUAGCCACAGUCUGCCCAUUCCUCUUUCCGUUCGAGACCAGACAGUUAUUACUCUAUGCUACAUCUUUUGAUCGUGAUCGAGCUCUCCAAAGACUUUUGGAUUCCGCUCCUGAGCUCUCUGGUUCUGAUAGUCAAGAACGCGUCACUCCCAGGUUGGAGAGGAGGAAAAGGACUAUUUCAAGAACAGAUAUUCUUAAGCAGGCUGAACAAGUCAUUCAGGAUUUAGCAUCCAGCAAAGCCUUGCUCGAAGUGCAAUAUGUUAAUGAGGUGGGAACCGGCCUUGGUCCUACGUUAGAAUUUUACGCCCUGGUCUCUCGAGAGCUACAACGAGCUGACUUAGAACUUUGGCAUGGGAGUUUAAAUCCCACUGAGUCUGGUUAUGUGAACACAUCACACGGACUAUUUGCCACGCCAAUACCUUGGAAUACUAAGGUCUCUCACUUAGCUAAACUAAAAACGAAAUUCAAGUUUCUAGGAAAGUUCAUGGCCAAAGCUAUUUAUGACUCCAGGAUGCUGGAUUUACCAUUCAGUUUAACAUUCUAUCGUUGGUUAUUGGGCGAAGAGCACACGCUUACUCUGGCAGAUCUAGCACACGUUUCUCCAGACGUUUAUAGAACAUUGAUAAAACUGCAGGAAGUUGUGCGACGUAAGGAAGUCAUUGAACGGGACCAAACCCUUAGACCCAGCGAACGGGCUCAGCUUAUCGAAAACCUUGAUCUCGAUGGCUGUUCCAUAUCCGAUCUGGGACUUGUUUUCGAGCUGCCUGGUUAUGAGAACAUCGAACUACGUAAAGGUGGCAGCGACAUCCCUGUAGACAUUUACAAUGUGGACCAAUACAUCAAGUUGGUGGGACAUUGGUUCCUCUACGAAGGAGUCUUCAGACAAAUGGAAGCUUUUCGGGAAGGCUUCGAGUCCGUAUUCCCACCCGCACAGUUACGUUUAUUCUUCCCAGAAGAACUAGAGGCAGUUUUCUGCGGUCAUACCCAAGGUGGUGGUCAAUGGGAUGUAAAAACUUUGCUGGAGUGUUGUAGAACCGAUCAUGGUUACACUCCAGAUUCCAGAGCCAUUAGGUUCCUCUUUGAAGUAAUGUCAGAGUACAAGAGCGAAGAACAAAGACAGUUCAUUCAAUUUGUAACUGGAUCACCACGACUGCCAGUUGGAGGUUUCAAGAGCUUGACGCCACCACUAACAAUAGUUCGUAAGACGUUCGACACAUCAAUGAAAACGGACGACUUCUUGCCAUCAGUAAUGACCUGUGUGAACUACCUUAAGCUUCCGGACUACACUACCCUGGAGAUAAUGCGUGAAAAAUUACGAAUAGCCGCGCAGGAGGGUCAACAUUCGUUCCAUCUGUCUUAAGUAGAGAAGGGCGAGAGGGUUUCCAGACAAGUGCAGCAAAGUUUUGAACAAGUUGAUAUACGAAACUCCCGGAGUGUUUUGAGAAGCGUCGUUGACAAGAAAGUGUUAGCUGCCCUAAGUUUCCAGUUCUAAUUUAUCCGAGGCCGACGCGCUUUAGCUCGAAUAAAUUUCAGUUUUUUGGUGUUCACUUCCCCGCGCCGUCUACAGUCAUCAUAGUCCUGACCAUUUGAGCCGGCAUCCCUCAACAAAUUUGACCCACGCGAAUCGUGUACCACCGAUAUUUCGAAGAAGAAAACAAAACUGAAAGGAAGAAAACUAUCAGAGACUUCUUCGAACAAGUUUCUUGCGUCGACGACGUUAAAAAUAAUAAAUUAAUUUUAAAAAAAGAUGUCGAAGGUGAAAACGAAAUAUGAAGUGGAGAUGUAAAUACGGAUAAUUCUAUAAUCUCGACAUAGUUUGAUAUACGCAACUCUAUAUAAAAAAAUACUUUAUAUAAUAGUCGCAGUAAACCUAACUUACGAUACCGACAAGAAAACAUACAAGCAACAGCAGCAGCAGGACAGAGAAAAAACGAACAUCUAAUGGCCAUUGAAGGGUGUGUUUCUUAGGUGUAAGUAAAAUGGAAGUUUUAUAUAUAACGGCGCAGACCGGAAAAUAUUCGCGGUCAACGAAGAAGAAGAAUAAUAAUAAUAAAAGGAAAUAUGAAAGAAGUGGAAGGAAAAAAAAGUAAUUGGAAAAAUAGUGAAAGACUCGUUCGCUUCCUAGUUUACUUUUUAUUUUUUUUCUCCUUUCUUUCUUUAGGUGGACGGGAAGUGAAACAAUUUUUGUGAACCGAUCUCGCAACCUUUAUUUACCACAUUAUACACGUAUAUUUAAUUUUCAUUGAGGCAUCGCAACUCAUAGCGGGAUUCUUGAUUUAACUGAGAAACUUCUCUAUGCGGCGUAUUAUUUCGUUUACUCAUAUUUAAGCUUUAUUUACAAUUUGUCAGUUUUACAUGUAUACUGAAUUAAUAGGUUAUUUGCUUUGGGUGCACUACCUAUGUCACCGUAAAAAGCGUAAAUUCUUAUUGGAACUUUAUUAUCGCCGACCACGGAAACUAGGUACACACUUUUUAUAUCGUUGAACUAGUCUAGGCGACACGAGCAAACUUAAUAUUCAGAGUCUCGGCCCAGUUUUCACUAUGGUAAUGUUUGUAUUUCUCGAAUGUGUUUUCCGGAAGAUUGAACUUUUAAUUUGUCAUUUUUCGUACUCGUAAAAUGAUUCGAAUGAGUUGUACGAAAAUAUUCGUGUAAGAUUUUAAAAAAUUAUUAACUGACGUUACUAAUAUGAUAAUUGCAUUCGAUGCUAACAAUUUAGGCGAUUUAUGAAUCAAUUAGUUACCUGUUCUUUGUUUUCUUACAAUCUAAAUCAAAUUCUGAAACAAUUCCACAUUAUUAUUAUUAUCGUAAUGGUUUACGUAUGAUAAUUUUUUAUCAGUAAAACGCUUUUGGAAUAUAAAAUUGGAAAUAUUAAAGUUUAUCAAAGAGAAGUUUCAUGUUAUCUCGAGGAUCUUGAAUUCUUUGACGUAGCUAGGCUCAGGCUGGUCUUUGCGAAUAACUUAUUAUUUCCUGAAUAUAUGAAAAACCGCAUGGGUAAUGAACAAAUAGAAAAAGGUAAAAAACAUAAAGCUGCGAAAGGAGAAUAAUAACUGCUGUUUGGCUUGCUGUCAAAAGUAACAUAAUUUGUCUGCCAAGUCUUGGUUGUCAAAGUCGUACGAGAGAACAGGAAUAUGAUAAAAUGGUUAAUUAUAUUAAUAUUUGCGAGGAAGAAUCGAAAAAGGGUGAAUUAAGAGAUGGUAUGAGAUUAAGAAGGAAAGGAUUACCUAAGGCUGAGUCCUGUGGUAAGCAUCACAUGCCGUCACAGGAUACGAUUCUGUGUAACCGGCAAGCUAUUAUAAACGAAAGUUAUAUUUAUAUCGAUCCACUUAGAUAACGGAUAUUUACGUUUUUUUGUUCGGUUGGUGAGAGGAGCGACGAUAUUCUGUUUCUUUGAAUUUCAUUCAAUAAACGCCGAUGUAACGGA